AUGAAUGAAAAGGAUUCUCCGCAAAUCAUUGAACCUACCUACUCGCAUGUCUUCAACUUCGAAAAAGCCUACUCUUAUCCAAACUCUCAAACAUGGUUCCACAAUAAUUUUCAAUAUUGCUACUACAGCUGUAUUAUUUACGCGAUCCUAAUUUUGGGCGGGAAAUACUACAUGUGGAGCAGACCAAAGUUUGAUUUGAAGCGUCCGCUUGCAUUAUGGAGUGGAUUCCUUGCAGUGUUCUCCAUUAUCGGAUUUUGUAGAACAGCACCGGAAAUGUUCUCUAUAUUGAGAUAUCAUGGAUUUUACCAUAGUAUUUGCAUACCUAGUCACCUUUUGCAAGAUCAUGUUUCUGGCUUUUGGACAUGGGUAUUUGUCCUAUCAAAGAUUAUAGAAUUUGGCGAUACGAUCUUCAUUGUGUUACGAAAGCAACCAUUGAUAUUUCUACAUUUUUACCAUCAUUUAAUUGUUGUUCGUUACUCUUGGUUCCUAUAUGUGGAGACUACAGCAGCCUCAAGGUGGUAUGCCGUAAUGAACUACUUUGUUCAUUCAUGGAUAUAUUCUUAUUAUACUUUGAAAGCAAUGCAAUACAAAUUACCAAAAGGCUUUGCCAUGAUGAUUACUACGAUGCAGCUGGUACAAAUGGUGAUUGGUUGCUUUGCAACUAUUGCGGCUUACUAUUACCGAGAAAGUUGUGAACUUCAAUGCUACACUACGCACAAAAAUUUUAUAUUUAGUUUCAUCAUCUACUUCAGUUUUUUAAUCCUAUUUGGAAAUUUCUUCAUUAAGGCUUAUUUUUUCGAUAAACGGAAAAACAAAGUCGGAGAGAACGUUCACGUCAAUGGAACAAAGGAUUGUUAUAAACCAAAGACUAGCUGAAGUAUAUCAAAGUUUUUGAAAUUUUUUUCUAUAAACGCUUUCUGAUAAUAUUUUAUAAAAACACUUAUAACGUGUUAUAGGAAUCUGUAUUAGUUUACAACGAUAGAAAUUGGUUGUAACAUAAUGCAAGUGAUAAGAUAUUUAUUUAAUGUAAAACAUUUAGUGUAUUUGGUGUUAAGGUAUGGGAUAUAA